UCCUUCCUGUUCCCCCUCACAGCAGACAGCAGCUCCUUCCAGCGCAGCUCUGCAGCUCAGCGAGCGUUCCGUCACAUUUUCCUGAAAAAUAUAAGCAAUGUCCCUAUUUUGUUCAAAUGCCAGUGAGGCUGCCUUAAAUUCCUCUGGCCACGGCCCCCAGAAGCCUACAGAGUCGGCCCCAAAUGGAGAAAGGGACAACUCGCCAGAGGACUUGGUCCCAGGGGUCAGGAGUCCAGGCUCUUCCUCUGGUCCGGCGGCCAGCGGGGUGGUGGAAGAUGAAGAAUACAAGCUGAUUCUCCAGGACAGCUCCGCAGGAGCGCCAUCCCAGCGUCCUACCCAAGACAUGUCAGCAGAUCUGUGGGAGAAGGAAAAGACACCGAAGAGGCUGAGGCUCCUGCUGGUGGGGAAAAGUGGAAGUGGGAAAAGCGCCACAGGAAACAGCAUCCUGGGCAGGGAAGCCUUCGAAUCCAAGCUCAGCGACAGACCCCUAACCAUGACCUUCCAGUGUGGCUGCCGAGACUGGGCUGGGAAGGAGCUUGAGGUGACCGUCACCCCUGAUAUUCUGUCCUCUCGGGUUUCACGGGAAGGGGCAGCUCAGGGUCCCUGGGCAGCCGUCGCCUGCUGCACCCCUGGACCACACGCAGUGCUGCUGGUGAUGGAGCUGGGCCACUUCACAAAGGAGGACCAGGAGGUAGUCAGGUGCCUCCAGGAGGUCUUCGGGGUGGGCAUCCUGGCCCACACUGUCCUGGUGUUCACUCGGAAGGAGGACCUGGGGGGUGGCUCCCUGGACGAGUAUCUGCGGAACACUGACAACCAGGAGCUCGCUCACCUGGACGUGGUUUGUGCGAGGCGCCACUGUGGCUUCAACAACAGGGCAGAUAGCGCAGUGCAGGAGGCCCAGCUGACGGAGCUGAUAAAGACCAUCGAGGUGAUCCUGUGGGAACAUGAAGACUAUCCUUACAGAAAGGAGGCUUACCCGGUGCUGCCAGCCAGACAUCUGUGCACAGAAGGGCGGGGAGGGUGGAAGGUCUAGGGCGAGCCUCUGAGGAAGUGACCACUGCAGAGCCCGGGCUGGAGGGGCUGUACAGAAUCCAGAACACCUGAGAAAACCCGCAGAUGUCUCUUAAAGGGGCACCAUCUGACUGUGUGCCCAACUCCAGUGGGGACAGCCAUUUCCUGGGAGCCUCGCCAGCUCUGGGUCCACCUUGCAGUCUAUCACCUCCUUCUGCAUCCCUGGCUCACGAGCCACUCGGUCUCCAGGGUGGAACCUGCUGAGUCAGAGGGUGUGGGUCCCAGAGUCCCAGCUCCCAUCCCAGUCCUGCAUCUCGCUCUCAGAGCCCAUGUGCCCCCUCCCUGCUCCCCUGCAGCCCGCUGUCUCAUACAGACUGCACAGCACGAUGGCAUCGCUUUUGUUGAAGUUCUCCCUCCUCGAGUGAACCAAAGCUCCCUGAGGACAGGGCCUCCUCACUCUUCCAUGUCACCCCCACUGCAUUCUGGUCACUGGAGUGAUUCCUUACCAAUGACAGCAAAUCAGUGUGUGCCAUUGACCAGGUGAAUGUCCGGUCUUGGGCUGUGUCCUCACCCACAGAGGGGGAAGCAUAAUGACUCUAAGGCACCUGAGUGUGUGGUGGGUCGGGACAGAGCCGUGGGGUCAGUGUCUGGGUGUGUAGUGGGGUCCCCUCUGAGGUAUCUGUGGUGUCAGAUAGAGGGGUGCAGGGAAGAAAGGGAAGCUGCAAAGGGAGCAGCUGAGUUGUGAGCACAGUAGGAAGCACCUGCCUGAUGGGUUGGGAGGACUCUGUGCCUGAGAGGUCUUCCUAGAAGGGGGCUUCUGGGGACAAGGCCAUAGGAGGUGAGAUGGACCAGGACCAGAAGACAUCAGGAUGGUGGUCGGCCCUGGCCUGUGACUGGUAAGUGCCAUGUGACUUCACAAAGAGACUGACACUCCUCAGAUGCUCCUCAGCUUCUCUGAGGCUCAGGAUGCUCUCUGGGGAGUCUGACCAAGGGAUGGAAACAGGACAGGUGGGAACGAGGGAACUGCCCCCGACAGACUCCUCUGUCCCUUUUUCACACCAUGUGACAGAGGGUCUCUAGCUGCCUUCUUCAGAGAGGGGUAAAAAAUAGGGUGAGGGGACAGCAUCUGGGGACAGUCAGCAAUCAGAGAGGCAGCCACAGGACUGUCUGGGUGCUCACCUGCCCAUCAGAGAUCCUCUGCUGUCAGGGGCCCCAUCAGGACCCUGGUCUCCCAGUGCAGAGGCCAUGGACUCCCACUGUCUCCAGACACAGGGGACGCCAAGGAAGCCAGUGUGUUUCAUUGGCUGAAAGUUUCAGGGAAGCGUCUCAGGGCAGAACAAAGACCCAGUUUAGUGGGCAUCUGAGACAGAUCCAUUUACUCAAUCAGCCAUCCACAGGCCGUGGACGGAACCCAGCCAUAUUCCCUGUGACGUGUGCGUGCUGCCGAAGACCCGCGUCAGGACUUCAGUUCUGUUCCGUCUUCUACUUUUCUCCUCCUUGUGCAUAAAGUAUUGAUUUGAUCACAAUGGCUUUGAUUUCCUCAUUAUUGUAUUUCUCUUGUUAUUCUUCUAUAUGAAAAUUAAAAUCCCCAGUGUAAUGUUCA